GUAUCAACUUCUCUUCCAUCAUCCAAAGCAGUUUCAAAUCAUAUUCUGAACAUUCAAAAACUUCUCAGUAACCAACUUCACUUUUCGAUUGUGCAUUCUCUUUAGGAAACAAUGGCGCAUUUUCAAGAGCAGUAUGGUGAUCAAGCCCGCAAGGUUGAUGAGUAUGGAAACCCAGUGAGUAGCCCAGUUGACCAAUACGGCAACCCUGUUCAUCAGAGUGGUCACACCGGUACCGGUGGUGGCUAUACCGCUGACACCGGGAGACACCAUGGAACUACCGGUGUUGGCGGCACUGGGUACGGAACCACUGGUGGAGACACAGGAACAGGGUAUGGAACUGGUGGUGAAACAGGGUAUGGAACUACUGGCGGCGGUGGCACUGGAACCGGUGGUGGUACAGGGUAUAGUACUGGUGGCCAUGAAACAGGGUAUGGAACCACCGGUAGCGGCGGUGGCACAGGCGUAAUGGACAAGAUCAAGGAGAAGCUUCCUGGUACCGGUGGAACCACCGGCACUCAUGGGUAUGGUAGUGGUGCUGGCACAGGAUAUGGACACACUGGUGGCACAGGAACAGGGUAUGGAACUGGUGCUGGAACAGAGUAUGGAACCACCGGUGGUGGCGGGGGGCAAGGAGUUAUGGAUAAGGUCAAGGAGAAGCUUCCCGGUACCGGUGGAACCACCGGAACUCAUGGUCAUGGAACCACCGGAACUCAUGGUCAUGGAACCACCGGCACAGGAACAGGGUAUGGAACUGGUGGUCAUGGAACAGACUAUGGAACUACCGGCACUCAUGGUCAUGGAACCACCGGCACAGGAACAGGGUAUGGAACUGGUGGUCAUGGAACAGAGUAUGGAACCACUGGUACCGGUGGCGGUGGUGGAGUAAUGGAUAAGAUCAAGGAAAAGCUUCCUUGUGCCGGCUCCACCGCCACUCAUGAGUAUGGCAGUGGUGGGACCACCGGCACUACCACUACCACUACUGGUCACCAUGGAGAGCAGCAUCAUGAGAAGAAAGGGAUAAUGGAUAAGAUCAAGGAGAAGCUUCCUGGCACUGGAAACCAUUAGAAUGGAUUGAUGCAAAGAUAGUAUGCUGUUGCUGCUUCUGAAAUGAAUAAUUUGCCUCAUACAUUAUGUAACAUGAGAUGUAUCUUAUGCAGUGUUCAAUAGAUAGAUGAAUAAAUGUGUGUUGUGUUGUGUGUAAUAGGGUAUAGGGACAUGUAAAGCUUUGGGGUACUCUCAGUUUGGGGGGUACUUCUCUUGGUUAUUUGUAAGUUAAAUACAGUUUAUGUUAUGUUCUGUA